GCUGUGACUCACACUCAGCUACUGAAAGUGAAAGAAUGAAAGUGAAACUUGGGCGAGUUGUUUGUGUCGACGCAGCAGACAAAGUGACUUCCACUUCUUCAUUUUCUACCUUUUCUUCAAGACAAAAACAGCUCAAACUCUUUCAAGCAGUUACUUGACGUAGUAGUAAACGUUGUUGUUUCCUGCCUUCCUGUUCCUGUCAGCAGCCAUGCCAGACAGUCAGCUGUGUCUGGAGGCCCUGUCGGCUCUCUCCGGCUGUAACGUUGAGUCGACCGCCGGGGCCUCCCAGCUCACCCCGCAGGACUUUGUCAACAUUGUGGCCCUCAAAGAGUUUUACAAGCAGGAGGGGUUCAAAGAGCUGGAGUACCCGAGUCUGGGGACUUUGUCCCUGCAGGACGUGGACGAGGAAGAAUUGUACAGCUCCCCGCCGGCUCUGGCUGAAGGCCCAUCCACCGCCGGGCCGCAGUCCAGCCUCAGGACCACAGUGAAGAUCAACCCGCAGGACUUCUUCCACCCGCAGUACGACUACGACUUCACCAACAUUAAGGACGGCAGCAUGACGUUCCUUCGCGGCAACGAGCCGUACAUCCGUCCCUGCGGCUGGAACCGCGCCGCCCUGCAGGUCGUGCAGAAGUACGACGGGAACACCUGGCUCGGGACGGGGAAGGACGCCUGGCCCGUCUCCUACCACGGAAACAACAUGGACGGCUCCCUGGGCAUCAUCCUGACCCACGGUGGGAGCCCCAACGACGAGCCGCGCUUCCUGGACGUCGCUGCCGCCGCGCUGGUCAACACCGAGACGAGGGGCCGAGGGGCGUACUCCACGCCAGACAUCAAGCUGGCGGAGAAGUACUGCAAGAGGUUCAAGUCCAAAGUGGACGGGAAGACGUACAAAGUGGUUCUCCAGAACCGCAUCAACCCGUCGAAGAGGGUGAAGUGCCAGAGGGAGGACGUCUGGUUGGUCUACGUCCCCAAAGAGUGCAACGACGUCCAGACGAGAGCCAUCGUGCAGGAGUCCAUCCGACCAUACGGGCUGCUGCUGAAGCUGGCGUGAGGAAGAGUUAUCAGUGCUCGAUGGUGUUUUAAGCCCCCAACGUCGACUU